UAUAAGGAGGGUCGACAGUCUGGCGGGAGUGAUUGAGUGAGCCGCUACAAGUCUAUCAUCUCGUUCAUUUCUUAUGAUUAGUGGGUGUGUCUGCCAGAAACGAUGUUUCAUCCUCACGAGGGCCAAGCCCUCUAUGCCCCUGCAGUGCCCGCCCCAGGCUCCAUGGCUCCCCCAGCUACCAUGUUUGGCAACGUACCAGGGUACGAGGGCACUUUGGCUGGCGGAGGAGGUGGAUAUCUCCCCCCACCGAUGCCCUUACACCCGACCCGGGAUCCAGAGCCUGCACCCGUACCACAAGACUGGAACAUCCCCUCCCUCACUGAAGAUGUGGCGCGGGAGCGUUUUAUAAUGUACGCGUCUGGUUACUGCUGCUAUAGCAAUGCCCCUGCCAAGGAUGGAGUGAUCACUAACAUGCAGGCGUUUAACACCUAUCGGUACCGCCUGGAGACAUUCACGGAGUCCAGAUCUACAGAUUGGACCACCAAGCCUUAUGCAGGUGAACCAGCAGACUUCUACACGCAGACCGCCCCCCGGCCGUGGGAAAUCCCAGUGACAGCUCCCUCCCUGUUCCAAAACCAUGAGGAGAACAUAAAAGUCCCUUACACUUCAUCUAAGCAGCCCUGCCACACUUGCAGUGCCUCUGGGAAGAUGCCCUGCCUUGAGUGCAAUGGGUCUGGAACGAAAGUGUGUUGGGUCUGCAAUGGAUCUGGCAGUCGGGGAGCAGAGAGUCCCUGCACCCACUGCAAUCAAAGAGGACGUGAGAACUGCUCUAAAUGUAAUGGUAAAGGGAAUAAAGAAUGUGAGACCUGCAAGGGAAAGAAGCAGCUGUUGACCUACAUCAACCUUAAAGUCGAAUGGAAGGAUAAUGUUGAAGACUAUGUUGUGGAGCAGAACAGUGGGCUGGAGGUUGACAAUCUGAGCGACGUGACGGGAAAGACGCUCUUCAAAAACGCCCAGUACAUGCUGUAUCCAGUGCAUGGCUUUCCAGAUCCAACCGUAUCCCAGGCUUCAGACCGUUUGGUUAGAGAACACCAGGCUAAAUACUCCCAGAACUCACGCAUCCUUCAACAGCAACAAACCAUCGAGUUGAUCCCCAUCACCAAGGUGACCUACAAGUGGAAGGGAGGCACCCAUGUUUACUAUAUCUAUGGGAACGAACACCAGGUCAAAGUUCCUAAUUACCCUGCCACCUGCUGCUGCUCCAUUAUGUAACCAGUCAGUCAGCCAGCCAGCCAGUCAGUCACUUAACCAUAACCUUUUUGGUGGAUGUGUCACCAGGCCAGCCCAGUACAGCUUGCCUUGACUCGGCUUAGUUCGGCUCAGUAUGAAUAACGGUUUUGUUUAUCAGUUUAUUUAGUUAUUUAGUUAUUUAGUUAGUUAUUUAGUUAGAGCCUUUUUCCCUCCCCAGGAGUUUAGAGGUUAAAGGAGGGUAAACAAACACAUUCACAUAACUUGUUCUUUGAUAGAUUUGUCUCAGGUUGAGCCAGAUCCGCAGCGUUCGUUGACCGUGAAUGUGAUCUCUACGAAAUGGCCUUUUAAGAGUCGUAAAGGACAGGUCGUUCAUUUGCGUUGGGUUGAAUCCCAGCCUAAAUCCUAACUACUAGUUUUACAAUAGUAUUUCAAUCGAGUACAGGCUUAACUGAUUGACAACAGAGACAGAAUACAAUAUGGAAUUUUGUUGAAUAUUUUGGGGGUAGGCCUCGUCUUCGAGGAAUGCUCCUCAGAGCCAGAUGCUUAUGACAGGUUGUCCUAUGCUGAGCAGCUGGCAUCGAUACCUGCUAGUAGCAGUGUAUGGGUAAAAUCAUUGGGGAAGCCAAGCCAGGAAAGAAAUGUCAUAUUACAACCUAUCUGUUGUGAUAAUUGCGUUGUUUGCUCUGUAA